AGCUGUCGUUGCUGACCCGAUGAGGCUGGGCCGCCCCUUCCUCGCACAAUGUUCUUUCUCUCACCUUGGGCGCUACUGCCGACCAUACACGAUAAGCCAUGUGCUCUCACCUCACCCAUGCACCUUCCAUCCUUACUCAAGCCUAAAACAGCAGUCCUUCCACUCUUCCUUACUUCUUCUACACGCAAUUCUAAAUCAUCGCGACCUUUUCGUCCAAGCUGAAGCUACACUCUGACAAGGCUUUCAAGAUGUGUCUCUACUGGAAGAAGCUGCACACAUGUAGCCACCUCUCUGAUCGUCCAUACAUCGAGAUGUGCCGUCCGGGCUUUCUCUCCAACAGCGUCUGCCCUGACAUCAGCGACGACGACAAGUCCCGCCCAUCGCACUUCCCAUGUUACCCCUGCAUCAAGCUUGAGGCGCGCACUGAGACCGAAGCCCAAGUCCGGUUCGAGCAGCACGAGUUUGCCAAGGCCUACGAGGCUCGCGAGCGCGCAGUGAGGGGGAAACAGGCAGCGGAACUGAGGGCCAAGGAGGAGCGUGUCCGACGCGAGGCUCGCGACAAGGCCGCACGGGAGCGAGAAGCGGAACAGCGUGCGAAGCGAGAGAAAGAGGAAGCUGAGCGCAAGGCCAAGAAAGAGGGCGGUGCCUGGAUCGAGACGUCGGUCGGAAAGAAGCCAAAAGGCAAGAGGAAUGGCGGUGGCAGUGGCAGUGGCAGUGGCAGUGGCUCUGCAAACGCUCCAGUAACACCAUUGAGCACCCUAUCAACCACCAAGAUGGCUGCAGCACCCAAGAACAUCAAAGAGCUCGGCGGAAGCGCUGGAGGUGGUGAGCGGAUGAGUCCCAAGAAGGGUCGGGUUGAUCCAGGUGGUAGAGCUGGUACUUGGGGCCCUAAGAAGAUCUUGAGCAGGCAAGAGAACGUCGCAGAGGUCAAUCCCUCGGCAAAGAAGUGAGAUUGGGGGCAUGAGAGAUAAAAGUACAUGAUCUUGACGGCAUGCUGGGUGUCACGAUCGUCCGUCAUCGGUUGCACCAUGCAACUAGUCAGAUCUUGAAAGUUAAUAUUCUAUUCACGUUCUUGCCUCACCUCAUACAAGAAAGGAUUGAGCACC